UACAGACUAACACGGCUGCUACUCUGAAACCUGUCAGAGGAGAGAGCGGAUGAACCCAUGAAUUGUCAGGAAACUCAAAAGGACCUCAAGGAAAGUACAUCCCAGGAGAAAAUCCUCAGGGAAAAGAGAGAGAAUAUAUGCAGUGAGUGUGGGAAAAACUUCAAUUACCACUCAGCCCUUAUUUGACAUGAGAUAAUCCAUACAAAAGAGAGACCGUAUGAAUGCUGUGAGUGUGAGAAAAGCUUCAAUCAUACCUCAGCCCUUAUUAGACAUCAGUGAAUACACAGAGGAGACAGACCCUAUGAAUUCUGGGAGUGCGGGAAAAGCUUCACUCAGAGCUCAGACCUUUCUACCCAUCAGAGAAUCCAUACGGGGGAGAGACCCUAUGAAUGCGGUGAGUGCAGGAAAAGCUUCAAUUACCGCUCAGCCCUUCUCUCUCAUCAGAGAAUCCACACAGGAGAGCGACCCUACGAAUGCUGUGAGUGCGGGAAAAGCUUCACUCAGAGAUCAGCCCUUAUCUCUCAUCAGAGAAUCCACACGGGAGAGCGACCUUAUGAAUGCUGCGAGUGUGGGAAAAGCUUCACUCGAAGCUCAAACCUUACUACACAUCAGAGGAUCCACACAGGAGAGAGACCCUACGAAUGCAGUGAGUGCGGGAAAAGUUUCACUGACAUCUCCUCCCUUAUCUCUCAUCAGAGAGUCCACAUGGGAGAGAAAUCCUUCGAAUGCUGUGAGUGUGGGAAAAGCUUCUCUCAGAGCUCAACCCAUAUUACACAUCACAGAAUCCACACAGGACAGAGACCCUAUGAAUGCUGCGAGUGUGGGAAAAGCUUCACUCAGAGCUCAGGCCUUAUGUAGCAUCAAAGAAUCCAUAGAGGAGAUAAACUUCAUAAAAACCUUCUCUAGAGCUGUUAGAAGAUUUUUUUUCUUUAAUUCUUUUGACAGUUCCCAGGUAGUGACCAUUAAGAUGUUUGCAUCUUUUGCACACUGUAGUCCCUCAGCUCCCACACAUAAGUUGCCCACUUUUGAAGCCUGCCCUUCUUUGGGGUGGAUCCUGUGGUCCUUUCUAUCAACUCCAUUGUCCUGCGAGUCAUGGGAGUCUGUGUCCUUUCUACCAGGAAUGUCCAUCACCCCUGAUGGGGGAGAUAGGGGGUGUCUUCAACCACCUACAUUGAGGUAAAAUCUACCUGGGCGUCAUCACUGUGGUUUCCAUGGAGUUAGCUAGCUUGAGUUUGCUUUCCUGAUGUAAAAUGACAGCUAUUCUUGCAGUAAAGACAUGGGCCAUGGAUAAUGGGUAGGGUUAUCUAGCACAUUUCCUCCUGAUCUGAGCUAAACACCAUCACAUUUCCUUGUCUAAACAGACCUGGAGAUUCACAUUUAUACUCUUCCUCCAGUGCAAAGUUAUUGUUCAAGUCUGAGGACAAAUUGUCUCAUUCCCAGUUCUCACAUUACCCUGGAUCGUGUGGAACAGCAGUUAUUUUGUUGACUAUUUUUCUCAUUUAAAAUAUAUUUAAAUGUAAUGAAGAGCUGGAGCAAUGUCAGGGAAAUAAGUGUCAUUUCAGGCUCUGUGACACUGCAAGGAGGUGGGAAGACUCAGAGAUUCCCUCCUUCUCCAUCACCCCAGAACUGUUACCUUGUGUCUGAGCCAUGCAGAGUUCACCCCUUCAUAUUUCUUCACUUCCCAAAGUGUCCGGUGAGGUCGUGUUCUUGGCCAUCCAUGCUUGGGAAUGGUGUGUGGAUGUCUUUGCAGAUACUUUAAGGCUCCCUCCGUAUGUUCUGGGGAUAGUUGCUCACCUGCAGUGGAACGUUCCUGAAAUUUUUGACAGGUUUCAGAGU